ACCGGCCGACCGAACCGACAUCGCUACGACUCGCCGGUGGAUCCACCGCCGCCGGGGAAAUCUGUGCUUGUCUUUUAGCUUAGAGCCGAAAGCGAGGACGUAACGGUCGCUUUUGGCGUCCCAUUUUUAUUGUCUCGUCAGGCGGUUCUCGAACCGCCUCAUUUCUCAGUACUUACGUCUCUCUUCAUGUAUGCGCAGAAAGCGUGAAGUCGGUGAGAGAGCUAGGGUUCUGAUCGAGUGAUGGAGGUUUUUGAGGUCUGGUUGUCGUUUCUUUAGCGGUCAGAGUUGCUGGUUUCUCGAGGAUUUGGAGUUGUGUUUGGGAAGUGAGGAAGAGAGAGAAAGCAGGGAAUUAAUGGCGGUGGAGUACAAGUGUUGCGAAUCGGAGUUCUUUAUUCACGUACUGAUAAUCGUGCUGUUGGUGCUGUUCGCCGGACUGAUGUCUGGGCUCACUUUGGGGCUGAUGUCUAUGAGUCUCGUCGAUCUUGAAGUUCUUGCCAGGUCUGGAACCCCCACCGAUCGCAAACAUGCUGAAAAAAUACUGCCAGUUGUCAAAAAUCAGCAUCUAUUGCUUUGUACGCUGCUUAUUUGCAAUGCUGCUUCCAUGGAGGCACUCCCUAUCUUUCUGGAUAGUCUAGUUACUGCUUGGGGUGCAAUCUUGAUCUCAGUUACAUUGAUACUUCUAUUUGGUGAGAUUAUACCACAAUCUGUUUGUUCUAGAUAUGGAUUGGCUAUUGGGGCAGCUGUUGCCCCAUUUGUCCGAGUUCUUGUCUGGAUCUGCUUUCCUGUAGCAUUUCCAAUAAGCAAGCUGUUAGAUGUUCUGCUAGGACAUGGACGUGUAGCUCUUUUCCGCAGAGCGGAGUUAAAAACACUAGUUAAUUUGCAUGGUAAUGAGGCUGGAAAAGGUGGGGAGCUAACACAUGAUGAGACAACAAUUAUUGCUGGAGCACUUGAGCUUACUGAGAAAACAGCUAGUGAUGCUAUGACUCCGAUAUCUGAAACAUUUUCUAUUGAUAUCAAUGCCAAGCUGGAUAGGAAGCUGAUGAAUUUAAUUUUGGAAAAAGGGCAUAGCAGAGUACCUGUCUAUUAUGAGCAACCCACAAAUAUAAUUGGACUUAUCCUGGUGAAAAAUUUAUUGACCAUCCAUCCAGAAGAAGAAGUACCAGUAAAGAGUGUUACAAUUCGCAGGAUUCCAAGGGUUUCAGAGACUUUACCUUUAUAUGACAUUUUAAACGAGUUUCAGAAAGGUCACAGUCACAUGGCUGUUGUUGUAAAACAGUGCAAAAAGGCGGAGCAGCCUGCGACCAAGGCCACUACUGAUGGUUCAGCAACGGAUGUGAGAGUAGACGUGGAUGGUGAAAUGAGGCCUCAAGAAAGGGCUUUGAAGGCCAAAAGAACGCUCCAGAAGUGGAAGAGUUUUCGCAAUUCCAACCGUUCUUUUGAGGGCAGCAGGAAGUGGGCGAGAGACAUGUACUCAGACAUCCUGCAGAUAGAUGGAAGCCCACUCCCAAAGCUUCCCGAAGAAGAGGAAGCAGUCGGCGUAAUAACAAUGGAAGAUGUCAUCGAAGAACUUUUACAGGAGGAGAUCUACGAUGAGACGGAUCACCAGUUCGACGAUUCAUGACGAUGGUUUUCUUUACACAAAUCGAGCAUUUUGUUCCAGCAGUAUGUCUGUCUGUCUGUCAGAGUGUGUAAUUGUUAUUGUUAGUUGUUUGAAGGUUUGAGUCUGCUCAGAUGUCUUCUCUUCGGUGGUGCAAGUGUAAAGAGAUAAGAUACAAAUGUGUUCUCUACCUAACUUCAGUUUCAUCUUAAGAACAAAUGGAAAGGUUGACGGUUA